AUGCUCCUGACAUGGGUGAGCCUACUUGUGUGGGAGGUGUCCGGCAACCCCUCCUACAUGACUUGUGACUUCAACUGCCUCGGCGGCUACACACCGGGCAGUGCCUUUGGCUAUAUGAGUAUCGCAAAUAUUGGUGCGACCACCGGUGCCACCUGUGCCAUCUCCACAGACAUCCCUGGCACCGGUUUUGUGGGGGGAACCGACUAUCAGGUGACUGUCUCGUCCACCCAAGCCCUCGGCCAAAAGAUUGGGGCAAGCAGUGGGCUCUUCGGCUCCGCGUCCACUGCGGAUCAGGACUCGAGGGUUACCAGCCAUGCCUAUACUUGGACUGCGCCGACGUGUGGUAGUGUGAGCUUCCGUGCCCUUUGUGGCGCCGGUGGGAGCACAGACGAAGUCUGGGCUGCAGCCGAAGUUAGCAGCACCGAAGCUGGGGGAAAUGUUUGCACGACCACCGGCAGCUCUGGCGAUACCACGACACCAGCAGCCGCCAGCGGACUGGAGCUGACUAGUGGCCUGUCCAUGACUGCAGCGGUGGAUAGCACCGACGUCACCAUUGAGGUCUUUUCCUCCAUGAACACGUGGAUCGGGAUUGGCUUCGUGGAGGGCUCCAGCCCAUCCAUGGUCAACGCAGACACCUUUAUCUGCAGCGGUGGAACUGUUCUGCGGUACUGGAUGACGGCCGAGGCACCACCGACCGGGGGCCAGGUUGUGCCCGGGUCUUCCUGCUCCACCGUCUCCGGCCAGGUCUCCAUGCAGUUCACGCGGAAGCUGCAGGCCGAAACGGCCUCCCAAGUCGCGAUCUCGCCGGGCACGCAGCAGAUGGUCAUCUACGCGCAUGGCAGUGAUGGCUCCACCACACUGGCCUACCACGGCAGCAACCGGGGAGGCGCCCUCGUCGAUUUCGGCUCGCUCGAGUCGGUCGUGUCUGUGGGGCCGACGGCCGAGGCUUCUCUGUGGUUGCACCUCAUUCUGAUGGCCGUCGGCUGGGGAACUCUCCUUCCAUGGGGCGUGGCGCUGGCAAAUCGUGCACGGGACGUGACGGGGGCACCCGGGGGCGCCUGGUUCAAGCUGCACAGGCGCAUCCAAGUCUGCGGAUGGACGAUUCAACUCGUUGGCUUCUGCAUGGCCGUGUGGUACGUGCAGGCGUUGCACUUCACAGGCCCUCAUCACGUCGUCGGCUUCGUUGCCGUCGUCCUGGGGACGCUGCAGCCCUUCAACGCCAUCCUCCGGAAGUUCUGCGGGCACCCGGAGCCAGGGCAGAGCAAGACGGCUGGGCGAAGACUCUUCGAGGUGGUCCACAAAGGCGGCGGCUACAUUGCCACGGUGAUGGGCAUGGUGAACUUCGAUUGCUCUUAG